ACAUGGACGUCUCGUUGCCUGAUGAAAUAUUACGCCACUGUGGCUGCCGCCUCCUCUGUGCUGAACAGUCAGGACACAGUGGAGAGGAUAGAGAGGAGGGUGCUGGACUCCAACCCCAUCAUGGAGGCUUUUGGCAAUGCCUGUACUCUGAGGAACAACAACAGCAGUCGCUUUGGAAAGUACAUCCAGCUCCAGUUAGACAGGCGUCAGCUGUUAGUGGGGGCGUCUGUACAAACGUACUUGCUGGAGAAGACAAGGGUGGCCUGCCAACCGGUUAAUGAGAGGAACUUCCACAUCUUCUAUCAGAUGCUGAAGGGGGCCACAGAUGAGCAGAGGAAGGAGUGGAAGAUGUCAUGUGGCAAACAUUUUGUGUGGCUGCCAAAUUCAGAAAAAACAGUCGAGGAGGAUUCCUUUCAGGAGACUGUCGAGGCAAUGGUUCAUCUGGGCAUCAAAGCAGAGAGGCAGAGGCAGUUAUUCAGGAUACUAUCAGGGAUUCUGCAGUUGGGGAAUCUGAAUUUCUCUUCAAUGGAUGAAUCACAGCCUUGUGACCUAGAUGAGCAAUCUAAAG